AUGGAAAAGGAACUAGAAGAACGCGACGACAAAUAUGUUGAGCUGGAUACCAAGUUUCUGAGGCUUCACAAGCGUGCAAAACAACGUAUACAAGAUAUACAAAAGGAAAAAGAUGACCUGGAAGCUCGGUUUAAUGAAGUUAAUCAGAAGGCUGAGCAGGCUGCUUCUCUGCAAUUAGCAGCACAGCAGGAACUGGAACGUGCUCGUCAGCAGGCUAGUGAGGCCUUAAGGUCAAUGGAUGCUGAAAGGCAGCAGUUGCGGACAGUGAACAGCAAGCGAGUGACUUUAUUAAUCUCACUGUACAAUGUAUGUGUCAUCUUUUAA